UUUUUUUCUUUUAAACUGGUUCAUCGUCCCUCAUCCAUAAAUCCCACAGAAAAUAGAGAGAGAAGGAAGAAAAAAAAAAAACUGUUUAAACUGUCGCCGUUGGAUUACUCUCCGCUGCAUCUCCGUCGUCUCUCCAAUUGUCUUCUUCUUCUCACCUCCUGCUCACUUGAACAUUUGUUUCCAUGAUUGUUCGCGGUGGCUGCCGCCUACUCUCGGUUGCUCGAUCUGAUGCUCAAGUAUCGAUCCGAUUGCAUCGAUUUCUGAGCCUCCGCCGCUUGAAUCCCCGCAGGCUUCAUCGUGCUGGGACUUGACAUCGCUGCUUUUACUUCUUUUACGUUUAUUCUGGUGUUUCUUUGAUAUAUCUUUCUUUGUUUUUUCAUCCAUACCGGGAUAGCUUGAGUAGUUUUGGUUUAGUUCUUUGAGUUGGUAUUGUUUCUUGAUAGGUAGGUGUUUGAAGAUUCGUAUUGUUUGAAUUUUUAUUUUGAAGAAAUUAGUGUAUUUGAGAAGCUUCAAAUCCCUGAAAGCUGAGUUUGGAAAGUUUUGAACGAUCAGUUUUGAUAGGAGUAGCUGCAAAUCUGUAAAUUUUGAUCGAUGGAAGAGGGAAAUAAGAACAAGAAAAUCAAUAGAAUGAGUUACAGUAGCGGCAUGCCCGACGUAGUUCUAGGCUGUGUGAUGCCGUAUAUCGAUGACCCACGCGACCGAGACGCCGUUUCACUUGUUUGCCGCCGCUGGUAUGAGCUUGACGCCCUUACACGAAAACAUGUAACCAUCGCUUUAUGUUAUACUACAAGCCCGGAUCGACUACGACGUCGCUUCAACCACCUUGAAUCCUUGAUGCUCAAAGGGAAACCAAGGGCUGCUAUGUUUAAUUUGAUACCUGAGGAUUGGGGAGGUUUCGUCACUCCAUGGGUUAAUGAAAUUGCCGAAUCGUUUAAUUGCUUGAAAUCACUUCACUUUAGACGCAUGAUUGUGACUGAUUCGGAUCUGGAGCGCCUAGCUAAGUCUCGCGGCCGGGUUCUGCAGGUCCUGAAGCUUGAAAAGUGUUCUGGGUUCUCUACUGAUGGGCUUUUACACGUGGGUCGCCUCUGCAGGCAAUUGAGAACAUUAUUUCUGGAAGAGAACUCUAUUACUGAGAAAGAUGGUGACUGGCUACAUGAGAUUGCCUUGAAUAAUACAGUUCUUGAGACUUUGAAUUUUUACAUGACGGACCUCAACAAAAUCAGAUUUGAAGACCUUGAGCUGAUAGCCAAAAACUGUCGCAAUUUAGUCUCUGUGAAGAUUAGUGAUUGUGAAAUUUUGGAUCUUGUUGGUUUCUUUCAUGCUGCAGCUGGUUUAGAAGAAUUUUGUGGGGGUUCCUUUAAUGAUGCACCAGACAAGUACUCUGCUGUAACAUUUCCCCGAAAACUGUGUCGUUUGGGUCUAAGCUAUAUGGGGAAAAAUGAAAUGCUUAUAGUGUUCCCUUUUGCAUCCAUGCUCAAAAAGUUGGAUCUCCUAUAUGCGUUGCUUGACACGGAGGACCAUUGUCUUCUAAUUCAAAAAUGCUGCAACUUAGAAGUUCUUGAGACGAGAAAUGUUAUUGGAGAUCGAGGGUUGGAAGUUCUUGCUUCAAGUUGUAAGCGACUAAAGAGGCUUAGAAUUGAGCGUGGUGCUGAUGAGCAGGGAAUGGAGGAUGAAGAAGGCGUAGUUUCACAGAGAGGACUAAUUGCUUUGGCCCAGGGCUGCCUGGAACUGGAGUACAUGGCUAUUUAUGUUUCAGACAUCACAAAUGCAGCUCUAGAACACAUUGGCACUCACUUAAAGAGAUUGAAUGAUUUUCGACUGGUCUUGCUUGACCGAGAAGAGAGGAUAACAGAUCUACCUUUGGACAAUGGCGUUCGAUCUCUAUUGAGGCAACGUAAACUCCGAAGGUUUGCUUUGUAUCUUAGACCAGGAGGAUUGACUGAUGUUGGUCUUGGUUAUAUUGGGCAAUAUAGUAUAAAUGUGAGGUGGAUGCUUUUGGGUUAUGUUGGGGAGUCUGAUGAAGGGCUUUUGGCAUUUUCUAAUGGAUGUCCUAGUCUACAGAAACUAGAAAUGAGGGGCUGUUGCUUCACUGAGAGUGCACUGGCUAGAGCUGUUAUGCAACUGACGUCUUUGAGGUACUUGUGGGUGCAAGGCUAUAGAGCAUCAUCCAUUAAUGGCCGCGAUCUUUUAGCGAUGGCUCGCCCCUUUUGGAACAUCGAGUUGAUUCCUCCUAGAAAGGUGGUGAUGGUUAAUCAGGUUGGAGAGGAUGUUGUGGUUGAGCAGCCAGCUCAUAUACUUGCAUAUUACUCCCUUGCUGGACCAAGAAGAGAUUGUCCAAGCACUGUUGUCCCCUUGGUGGUGGGGCCAGUUGCUGCAUAGAGCUGUAUAUGAUGUUGCCUCUUUUUUCUCUUUUUGGUUUUUUCCAGUGAUGCGCUGUUUGUAAAUUUACCUAAUCUUUUCGUUUUUCAUUUUGGGUAAGAGGGUUUCAGUUCUAAUUUUACUUGUGGACCUUUGUCCUGUAAUAAGCUUUAGCAUUUUCCAGUGUAAUUUGAAACCAUGUUGUACACUUGGUUCGGGUACUUUCUUGUUCUGUUGUUUAGGGCCAAGUAGAAGAAGCUUAACCGUUUGGAGAUUUGUACGUCGUCUUCAGGAUUCAGUGUUGUUCGUCUGAAACUUUUUUUUUUUUAACACUGCGAUCUGAAACUUGGAAUCAAUGCCUCUGACCGUUCUCAUUUCAA